AUUCUGUUAGUAAAAACAUUGAGUCAUUUGAAAACAUGUUUGCAAAGGGAAUCAAUAGUCCAGUUUCUGGACUAAUCGGUUGAUACCAGCCAUAGCCGCAAACUUAAUCCAUAUCAAUGCAAAGCCUAUUAAUUACUUUGUGGCAACAAAUAUACUCCAUGUGAACAAAUAAACCUAAAACCAUUUUAUUUUCGAGAUGACAGAGAUUUUAGUUCUGAGCUCCUUCAACCUUUGACCUUAUGACUUUAUUGGCACAUACCUUAUGUCACUAACAUCGCAAUAGGGGUUGCGGCCGAAAACUAUAAAAUUGUGCAGGAUGAUCAAAGGGCAUGCAGAGGUAGCUUUCCACUAUCACUCAUUAAUGUAGGAGCAUGCCUCUGAGAUAGUGGUACAGAGAAACUAUAAAGGCUAAAAAAUGAAUUGAAUUUGCUUUAAAGAAUCCCCAAAGAUGAGGCAGCCUCAGAUGAGCCUGCGCGUGGGGUUGCCUGUGUUUGUGGUGGUCACACAGCUCUUCAUAGUGGUACUGUUUGCUUUAUUUGUCACCUAUGAUGAUCAGACCGAUGCCAAACUGCAGGGCAAUGAAACCGUCGCCAUGGACAACGCCUUAUACAAAGACUAUCCUUUUUUCGCCGACAUACAGGUGAUGAUAUUCAUCGGCUUUGGGUGUCUCCUGGCUUUCUUCCGGCAGUAUGGCUUUGGGGGCAUGGUGUUCAACUUCCUCACCGCCACCUUUGCCAUACAGUGGGCCAUCCUUGUGCAGGGGUACUUCCAGUUCAGCCAUGACGGCAAGAUCCACCUGGGGGUGACAAACCUGAUCAACGCAGAGUUCGCCUGUGCUGCGGUCCUGAUCUCCUUCGGGGCCGUGCUGGGGAAAACCAGCCCGCUGCAGCUGCUGGUCAUGGCCCUGCUGGAGAUCCCGGUGUACGCAGUCACAGAAUGGGCCGUGCUGACCUACCUGAAGAUCAACGACGCCGCUGGAUGUAUUCUGAUCCACGUGUUCGCCUGCUACUUCGGCCUGGGCGUCACGUUUGUGUUGUACCGGCCCCGUCUGAACGAAGGCCAUGCCAAGGAGGGCUCCAGCUACCAGUCAGACAUCCUGUCUGCCAUGGGCACCUUGUUCCUGUGGGUGUUUUGGCCCUCUUUCAACUCUGUGUUGGCGCUGAAAGGAGACGACCAGCACAGGGCCGUGCUUCACACCUUCAUAGGCCUCAGCGCCUCCACGCUCACAGCGUUCGCACUCUCCUCCAUGCUCAACAGGACCGGCAAGCUCACCAUGGCUGACAUCCAGAAUGUGACUCUGGCCGGAGGGGUGGCGGUGGGGGCCUCUGUGGACAUGAUGAUAUCCCCUGCAGGGGCUUAUGCUCUGGGAAUGAUGGGCUGCGCCGCCUGCAUGCUGGGCUACAGGUACCUGACCCCUUUCUUAGCCCGCCGCCUCAGGAUCCAGGACCAGUGUGGGAUACACAACCUCCAUGGCCUGACCGGACUCAUAUCCUCCACCGCGGGCAUAUGUGCUAUACUGGUGGCUUCAGAGGAGGUCUACGGACCCAGCAUGUAUGAGACUUUUGCCCACAUGGCACCCGUGGAAGGGGAUCCAAAAUUGCUGGAGCUCCAGGAGCAGAUCCCGGGUCUACAGCCAGGUUUGGGAAGGACUGCCUUGGAACAGGCCAUUUACCAGGUGGCGGCACUGUUAUCCACUAUUGUAGUGUCGGCGAUAGGAGGCGUUAUUACAGGAUUUGUACUGAAGCUGCCCUAUUUUGGAUCACCACCAGAUGAACUUUGUUUUGAUGAUGACUUGUUUUUUGAGGUCCCGCAUAACUAUGAGGCACCUAUUACAUUCAGUAAUAAAUGUAGGCCUACUACAGAGGAUUCGGCAGCGUAAUGUGUUAUCUUGCUAUUGAAUGAAUUGUAAAUAUAUUUUUAUUUUUAAAUAAACAGUUUUUAACAUCACAACAGAUUGUAAGCACUACAAUAUGCCUAAUGCGUUUUUUAUUUCAAAUGUGUUACCAACACAUAACCCAAUGCAAUAACUAUACCCUUCACACCAUGGUGCUACGAUAUAGGAAUAAGGCUGUUGCAAACCAUCGGGGAGAAAAUCUUUCAUUGAACUCCUCGAGAGUCUAUGAUGUUAUCAAAUAAAGGUGAUUAAACGUGUAAUACGUUUACUUUUUGUCGUAAAAUGUCAGGAGCUAGUCUAAUUGUUUCCCUACGUGGAGAAAGAUAAUACAACGGCUACAGGUUUUAAAGUAGUGUGUAAUUCUUCAAAGUACUCGCUAGAUGGCAAAUGACGUCUGAUCGAAGUUAAAUACUGUGGUAUCCUGACUCGUCUGGUGGGAAACCAAACAACACCCGUGAACAGUUCUCGCGUGAGUGAGCGCAAGUUAUCGCGUGACUAAGCGCCAUUUGGAAAUCGACCUGCUACAGUUGCUAGCCCGCAAAUCAUUUCGGUAGCGUUAGCAGUAGACGGUGUAACAAAUACUACUGCCGGUCCUUCCAGAAGAAAGAAAAGAGCCGUGUUAACUCGGGUGUUCGAUAACUUCUCACAUCGAGACGCGUGUCAUUUCCAAAAGGUCGUUUUCUUUCCCGCAGGGUCAUGGCUGACGAUUUUGAAAUUGAGGCAAUGCUGGAGGCUCCAUUUAGAAAGGUGAGUUUCCGAACAGACGAAUCCGUUUGGCUGUACACCGACAUAUAUUGAUAUUACAUUGAUUUGUUACCCAACAUGUAUGUAUGUAUUGUGUGUGUGUGGUUUGUGAAGUUUUUCAAACGCAAUACAGACUUUGAAUAAAUUCCCAUCUAUCUCUUUCUAUAGACUUGCCUAAUGAUAUCUCACCUCUUCUCCAAUGAGUUCAUCUUUGAUUCCACUGUGAACUGUGGUAAAACGUAAGGUAGUUAUGGAGUAAUGUACUGAUGCACUGUGGUUCCCUUAGGACUAAAAGAAACUCAACUUAACACAUCCCUGUUCAGUUGCUACAAGGUGAAUGCCAAUGGAAGAUGAGCACAUUUUAUCGGUGCUACAAAAGAGGCAGUAUUCAGUUGUAAAAAUAUGCAGUUUCCCACUAUUUUAAAGCAUGAUGAAUUAUAUUUGUUGAAAUAGAUCAUGCAUAUAUGCACAAUCUUGCCAUAUGUUUGGCAUCUGUUUUCAGGUAUAGUCAGAUUUAUGUUAACAUGUUUAUUGUAAUUUCCUGCAUUGUAUACAGCAAGUUAUAGAUAUAAAGCACUAUGAACUUCCGUCAUAGUAAUCAUAGCUGUGUUGUGCAUAAAGAGCCUAGAGAGAAUAACGGAUUCAAAUGCUUUUAACAUUUAAAAAAAUAUGAAUACUGCCUUUUUGCCUCCUCAACUGUAACUGUAAUUAUUUUGAGGUUUUAAAACGGUAUUGAGUUUGCAUGCUACACAACACCACAUAUUUUUCAUUAGCACACAGUUAAAACAAUUGCGGCUAUUCAACCUCCCUUUUCAAUCAAGCCAUAACCGGGCUUUUGGCCGAUUUUCAUGUUGACACCAAAACACAUUGGUAGUUUUGUAUGUGGAUGAACUAGUGGCUUUCUUUCCAGUUUCUGUUGGGCGUCGAUGUUACUAAGCCCUGUGAAUCCCUGUUUGCUUCAGGGCGAGAUGUGUGACAGAGGUGGCAUCGAGCUCUUACAGUUCAAGAACGAAAAUGGGUGAAGAUCACUGGACUGACACCAACCACACAGGAUCUCUUUAGUGGCCGUUGACCAUGCGUAGCCUCAGGCUUAGGCUCAGAUAGUGGCAUGGGUACGGCUCAUUAGAUUGGUGGGGGGCGGGAGAGGUUGGACCCCAGUAAUGUCAAAGUUCACUGAACAAUUCUAUAAUGUUGGUAGUCUCAUAAAAUGUCAUUUUAUCCGAGUUGCAGUGAGCACUCAACAAUACUGCUAAAAUGAUGUUCUGGGGUAGGGUGGGAGGGGGGUUCUUUUGUGCAAGGAUACCUUGUGCAGGCAGGACAGUAAAUAUUUGGAAGUAUUGCUAAUUUAAUGUAUUGUGCAUUUUCUCUUGUCCCACCCCAUCCCCCCCUUUACCUUGACGAAAUGUUUCCUCUGCGUCCUCAUGAUGUUCUUCUAUCAACCUUGCUUAGGAUGAAAUCAAAUCCUCUCAUGCAAAUGGACAUGAAGCUCACAGCAAGAA